CUGGAAGCCUGAGAGCGAGCGCCACAUCGGCAAGACAUACAACUGAACGAACAAUCCCUGCGAAUCGUCCGACCGAGCUCACCACAUCACACCACAUCACACAACCGUAUUCACAUAUAGUGUACACCGCAUUGAGCUGCAAAGGAAAUGGGCAACAGGGAGUUGCGCGGCGGGCAUCAGAUAAUGCCGAUUCGAGUCGCGUGUGAGGAAAUACAGCUUCCGGGGGUACAGGCUAGUGGGUUGCGUACACGCGUAGUUGUGAGGCACAGCACUGGCAGCCAGACUAUCAACGUCGAAUCAUUUCUGCUGUUGCCCCGACGCUGGCAUGGAGAACAGGAAGCAGCGCGGGCACGGAACAUGUGUUGGUACAGCACCAGCAUUUUCAAAUCGGCUUCAAGCGCUGAAGUACGAAAAGUUUCUGUUUUGAGGUUAUAUCGGCUGCAUUACUACUUGGCGUAUGACAGCGUUUCAUCUACUUUUUCCUACGAGAGGCGUUUGAAGAUAUGCCUACGGCGAUACCUGUGCAUACAUUGGCUUUAAAUAAGAUACGCCAUUCCUUCAUCACGUUUUCCGUUUCUGAGAAUCAUGUUUCGUGUCUUAGCUCAUUGUGUCAUAGUGCCUGACUGGCGAUCGGACUAUCGUACAUAUACUCCAAAACGAGAAUUUAACAAAGG